AUGCUUCAUCUAGAAAUCGAAGUAUAAUCUUUGCAGUUCUUUAUUGAAAAAUAAACAGAAUAAUGCAAAAUAAUCAUUCUUGAUAGUAAUUUACAAAUCUUAUGAAUAGCUAAUGAAUCUAAAAUUUUGAUGUCUAAAAUAUUAAGUCAAUGUAUGAGUGUUUAAGAUAUUAAUGAGAUAGUCGAAUUUGAUUUUUAUUAUACUGAAAACCGAUAUGUAAAUUAAAUAAAUCUUAUCUAGUUAAAAAUAAUGGUUUAAGAUUGCAAAGUAUGCUAUGGAGAAGCAAUCCUGAACUUAGGUUUUUAUAUUGAAAACAAUUUACCCUUGGUUAUUGAUAAAAUUCCUAUUCAUAAUAGAAAUGACUAAGAAGCUUAUAUUUAAGUAGGAUUGGCGUGGAACUAAUUAAAUUAAAAUGAAUAAAAAAGACUUGGAAACAAUAGAUUGUAAAAAUUAUUUAUCAAAUUUAGCAAACUGAAUUAAGAGAUAAAAAAAGGUGAAGAGUGGUUAAGAUAAAAGAGAGAAUGUUAACAUUCACCAAUAUAAGAAAGAGGAGAAAAUGUAAUACAUAAUAGAGAGGAGACUUUAAAGAAGUAUUAAGAAUAAGCAAUUAAUUUUGAAAAUAAUAUAAAAUAUUAAGAAAUCGAUAAAUUAAAUGAAGGUGAAGUAAAUUCAAAAAGAUAAUAAACAGUAAGAAUAUAGAAAGUUAGUAUGUUAUAAUAAAAAUCUAAAGAAGAAAAAUGUGAAUAUGAUUGUCCUACAGCAUCAAGAGAAAAUAAAUUUGUAGUUCCAGGAAAGAAUAGAACAAAAAAUAAUGUAUAAAAUCGUGAAGAAAUAGUAAGAGGAUCAACAAAACCUAAAGCAAAUCCUAAAAAAAUAGAUUAAUUUGAUAAUUUAAAUUCAAGACCAACAUAGAAUGAAUAAGCAUUGUUAAUGUCAUGUAGAUAAUUAGAAAAUGCAGAAUAGGAUGAAAAUACUUUAUAAAUUUAGAAUUAGAUAUUAAAAAAUUAGAAUAAAUUAAUGAAACAAUAAAAUGAAAAAUUAUAAGAAUAGAUUAAGAAAUCAGAAGCUGCAUUUACAUUAUUAUCAGAAACAUAUACGGCACUUUAAUCUGAUUACAAAAAAAUGCAGAUUCAUAGUUUUAAUAGUAAUUUUAGUAAUUCGUUUAUUCAUGAAUUAAAUAAUAUAUAAGAUAAGAAUAGUAAAGAAUUUUAAUAGAUUAAUAAAGAGUGUGAAAUUCUUAAAAAAGAAAUUGAGAUUUUAAUAAAGGAGAAAGGUAUUCUUAAGGAUGAGAAAGAUUAAUAAUAUAAGAAAUAAAAUCAAGAAAUAUUCAAAUUGAAUUAGGAAUUAAUGAAAAUUACAAAGAUUGUAAAUGAUUUAUAAGAUGAAAAGACAUAACUUUAGAAUUAUAUAGAAUCUUAGAAGAAUUUAUUAAAUAAUAAAUAUAAUUGUAUUUGUGUGUAACAGGAUGAAUUUGGGAGUAAUAGAGAUAAACUUUUGUAUAGUACAAGUAUUUGUGUAGAAACUAUUUAAUCAGUUCAUGAUGAGAAAAUAAAGGCAAAUAAUUCUAAAAGUUAAAUUGAAAAUAUAUUAAAAAAUGAAGGAAGACAGAAGUAAUAUAAAAUUAACAACAUAGAUUUAAUAAAUUAUCACUAGCAGAAUUACAAAAAUUGAUAUAUGAAUAAUCAAAUGAAUUAUAAAUGAGUUAAAAAGAAAAUCAAUAGUUGGGUAUAAAAUUAAAUAUUAAUAUAGUACUUAAUUCAAAGAAAGAUUAGAUAAGAUUGGAGAGUUUUUAAAAAGAAUUAGAAAUAACUAAAGUAAUAAUUAAAUUAAUUUAAUAGAGGAUAGUAAAAUUAAGUGAUUAAAGAUGUAGUUCCCUAGAACAUUAAAUUGUAUAAUUAGAGAAGGCUGUACUGAAUGGCAAAUAAAAUAUUGCUGAUAUGAUAAAUGCAGUAAUGGAAUGUGGAGGAUAAAAGUUAUAUGAUUAAGUUGAAAGAUGUUUGGCUAUUAGAAGAAGUUUAAAAUUAGAUUGAAUUUUAC